UCCAGUCGGGGACUACUUUGCCCUGAGGCUCAGGCCUGCGGGAUCCUCCGCAGGACCAGCCCCGCCACUGACCGACAGCCCGUCACAUCGCCCCUCCCUCCCCAGCGCCCAGCUCCAGACGACGAGCAGCCUCCCGUCUCCUUCCGAUCCCUUCCAGGGACCAGGAAGGGGACGGUGGCGCUCCGCGCGGUAUCCCUCCGCUGGGGUCACCCCCGCCCCUCCGCGCCAGCAGGAACUAAAUGCCGCCUCGGGUCACCCAGGGCCUGGCUGUAGAGAUUCCGCCAGGCGGGGUGCCUCGUGGCCCCUGGCAAAGGAAACCAUCACCCCAGGUUCAAACCCCCGCUGCCAACUCAAAAGACGGACUUGGCUCUAAAGCGGGGCUGCGGCCCCCUGACCCUCAUCAAGCCCCGCCCCUUCCUGGUUGUCCUAGCGACGGUGGUGGCGUCCCAAGAUGGCGUCGUGGCUGCCAGAGACGCUGUUUGAGAUUGUAGGACAAGGCCCAGCGCCGAGCAAAGACUAUUACCAGUUGUUGAUCACCCAGUCUCAGAUCAUCUUCAGAUGGUGGAAGAUUUCCCUAAGAAGUGAGUUUCGGUCAGCAAAACCUGGAGAGACAAAGGAAACCCACGAAGACUUCUUAGAAAACUCUUCUCUGCAAGUUCAAGUCGCCCUAAUAUUUGGUGCAAAGAUAUUAGACUAUGUCUCCAACCUGUGCAAAGGUAAACUUGACUACCUGGAGCGGCUCUCUGACAAUCUGCUGCUGAAGAUCAUCUUCUAUCUUGACAUGGAAGAUAUCUCCAGGCUCUCUCAGACAUCAACCAAGUUUGCUAAGCUGUGCAAGUCCGACCCACUGUGGGAGCAGAUAGUUCAGACGGCCUGUGACACCAUCACCCCCGACAUGCGGGCCCUGGCAAAGGACGUGGGCUGGAGACAGAUGUUCUUCACCGACAAGAUCCAGCUGCAGAGGCAGAUCUGCCGGAAGAGGCAGAAGCAGAGGCAGGCAAAGCAGAAGGAGAAGCAGAAGAGUAUUUAGGGGCUCUUCCCACCAGCAGGGGCCACAGCCUGCUUCUCUCACGUCUACCUCUCACGCUCUCACCUCUCACCUGUUGAACAACAGGUUUUGACGUUAAGCGAUUCUGGGAAUCACUUGCAAAUCUGAUUUUGCACACACACAUGCAAAUCCACCCAGUCCCUUGCUUGAGCAGCCUCUUCUGUCCUGCUCAGGCCAACCCCACGGCCCAAGUACUAAGGGCGAUGAGACAGGAAGCUCAGGCCGCCACCUUCCCCGUCCCCUGUUCCCCUGAGGAAAGAGGCACCUGUUGUGUGUGAACUAACAAUAAAGAGAUACUAGCUGGCUUGUGUUUUUGUUUGGAUCCCAAGCUGGACUUUGAGGAUGACUUUGAACCCUCUUGCCUUCACCUCUGCACUGCCGGGACUCCAGGCAUUCACCACCAUGCCCAGUUCAUAAGGUGCUGACCUUUGUGCCAAGUGCACACUGUAUUCAUGGCACCCCCUCCCUACCCCCAACACGGCACAUGGCUGCUUAAAUGUCUGUUCUGUCUAGGCAUUCAAAACAGCUGCUUGGCUUUUGAUUUUUUCUUUCC